UCGAGACUGGGAUACCAGGAUUUCCGUCUGGGAGAGAGAGCACUAUGAACAGACAUUUUCCCACCUACGAAUGAGCGGUAACUGUCGGGUGGUUAACGGAAACAUUCACAACUGUCAGUAUUGACUCGAUAUAUUGGAUGAUCAUCUGUUUGCAAGACCUGACUCGACCAGACGAAGCGCCGUAUGAUCGCACGCCAGACAAGAAGAACGAGUUGAUGCGGCAACUAGACAAGGUGCCAUAUCAAGACCAGAAGAACAGGAUCCCCGAUCGCACUUUGGGGACAUGUUCAUGGUUCCUAGACCAUCCCAUCUUCCAAGAGUGGCAGUGGGAUCCUCUAUCGCCGUUGCUCUGGGUCACUGCCGACCCGGGCUGUGGAAAGUCGGUUCUGGCCAAGUUUCUCAUCGAUGACACAUUGAAGAGCUUCCAAUCGAGGAUCGUCUGUUAUUUUUUCUUCGAUGGCAAAUCUAGCGAGCAACAGAGUAUCACGAAUGCCUUAUGCAGUGUGCUGCACCAGCUGUUCCAACAGGAGGAGGACCUUCUUUCCGAUGCGAUCUUGCAAGACUACUUGAGGCACGCCAAUUUCACCAGCUCUGUCACUCAGCUAUGGAAUACACUUAUCACUGCAGCCGAAAGUUUAAUCAACAAGGAGGUCGUGUGUGUGUUUGAUGCCAUCGAUGAAUGUGAACAGCACGGUCGAAAGAGGCUGAUCGAGGAGGUAUGUCGGUUCUUUAACCGCAACGAACGAGGGCCGUUGAAGUUCCUCCUGACCAGUCGUCCAUGGGGCGAGAUUCGACACGAGAUUGAGUCUCAAAUUGGCGAUCAUCUGCCCUCGAUCCAUCUGCAAGGCGAUGCCGACACGGUCGUCCAGAGUAUCUCCGUCGACAUUGCCCAGGUCAUCGGAAAAAGAGUCCGCGGCAUCUCCAAACGACUCCGGUUCAACGAGGAGGAGGAAGAAGCUUUAUUACAUGGGUUUACUAAAGGCAAGCCGCACCGAACGUACCUCUGGACUAAGUUGAUUCUGGACAUGGUGGAAAGAAAUCCCGACAUCACCAAGAGCCAAAUCGAACAAAUGACCUCGGAGCUGCCACAACCUGUGCAAAAGGCAUACGAGAGGAUGUUAUAUGAAAUUCCAGACCCUGACAGGGCUAAUGGCAUCCUCCAUAUCAUCCUCGCAGCUACAAGACCGCUGUCGGUGGACGAAAUGAGGCAUGCGUUGAAUGUUAUCGACGGGCAUCACCAUUCCUCCCACAACUUGGAGCUUAAAACCAAAGCCUGGUUCUGCGAGAGAGUGCGUGAGCUCUGCGGGCUUUUCCUGACAAUCGUCGACGAUCACAUUGAUAUCCUUCAUGAAAGUGGAAGAAUGUUUUUGGAGCAGAGGUUUUCGGUCCAAGACGCCCAUCGUACACUCGCCGAGGCCUGCAUCCGCCAUCUUCUGUUCUUUGAGGAUUCAGAUAUAGAAGCUCCGUUUGUUGAAUAUUCCGUCAGGAACUGGACAAUGCAUGCUCAAAAAGCGGAUUUCGAGGCGGGCCAUGAGAUUAUUCCAUCCAUGUUAAGAUUAUGUGAUCCCAGAGCCAAAUGGCUGUGUUUGCUUCGCUUCCACUCCCACACCAACAUCGCUAUACCUGAGGACGGGAACAGUCUCAUGGUCGCAUCCUGCUUUGGCCUCACUAUGGUUGUUAAUCUUCUGCUCAACCAAAAACCUCCACCCAGUGCUCGAGACAAAACAUACGGCCGUACAGCCCUCUCCUGGGCCGCUGGCAACGGCUUCGACGAGACCAUCCAACUCUUCCUACCGUCCAUGGUUUGUCAUCUGUGGCGACCAUUUUCUACAUUUCCCUCCAUUGAGCUAUCAGAUCACGAAAACCGCACACCAUUGAUGCACGCCGUCUUGAACGACCAUGUGUUGGUUGCGAAGCGACUCCUCGACGCCGGAGCAUCAACAAAUGCAACGGACAAGUAUGGUAUGAGCGCAGCGGAGUACAUUACAUAUUCCACCAGUGAUGAGAUGAGGGGACUCCUCAGCAUCCAGUCAAAGUCAUUCGUCACAAGAAAUACACCAUGGAAGCUCUCAAACAGCGGCAGAAUAUGUCGCGCCUGGUAUACAUCUUUCUCUUCGGCAUUAGUCCAGCAUGUUGGAAUGAUGAAGCUAAGAUCAAGUCCACAUACUCAAGAUCGUCUGCAAACAGCUGCUUGGGCUGUGAGGAAUGGACAUGAUGAUAUUUUCAAUCUCCUCUUGACAAGAUGACAUAAAGCCUAUUGAUCGAGAUUAGCUGUCUGGCGUAUUUCUUGUUUAGAUAGAGUCUGAAAGAUACUCUAGCUAUU